AUGGUGGAAACACAAUUGUGGAUUCUUUUAUAUUUAUAUUCAUUCGAUGGAGAACCCCGAGCAAACACAGAACGUGCCUCUUUUAGAGCAAAAGGAGGAGACAAAGACCAAGUUACCCUUCUGCAUUUUCCUGCUCUGCAAUGGAGCUGUUGGAGCAGGCAUUUUGACUCUCACCUCCGCCGUAGGAAAAGUGGGCUGGGGUAUGGGUCUCUGUCUGUACCUCUUCUUUGGCCUGUUUGCUGGUUUCGCAAACAUGAUGCUUCAGAAAGUCUUCGAUUACUCGAAAGAGAGUACCUACUCCGGAAUUGCCAAGCAUAUGUAUGGCAACUGGUUUGAGGUCUUUGUAGAUGUGAUUCAGGUGGGAUAGAGGUCUCUGUACAAUCCGUAGUUCCUUUAUAGUGUGGGUACCUGCUGCGGUUACGCAAUCAUCAUUGCGAACGAGCUCUACCUUAGCGUGUCUUUUAUUACCGAAGGAAAGGUGGUUCCUGAUAGUUUGGAGUUCCUGACCAAUCGUACCUGGCUGCUCGUCAUCGUUACGUUCUGUGUGAUCCUCCCGCCUUCUCUGAUGCGAAAAAUCACCGCUCUGCGUUACACCUCGAUGGUCGCCAUCUCCGGCAUCAUCUACAUCACCAUCGUGAUGCUGAUCCGUGCUCUGGGCACGGACGCCUGCGGUCUGGCCGAAGUCGCCGACUUCUCGUGCAAGGCGGACAAGUGCAUGAUCGAGGCGGACGCUGCGCUCGCGAACUACACCGGCUUCGAGGAGUGCUCGCUCUACUGCGAGGGCUGCGAGCCGAGCCCGCUCCGCAGCGCGCUGCAGAGUUUCAUCGUGAACAAGGACAUCUUCGUGGUGCUCCCGAUCUUCUGCUUCGGGCAUUGCUCGCAAGUGCAGUU